AUGAGUGCUUCUAAUAUGUUAUACGGCACAACAUUAUCUGCUGAAUCUAUUAAAGUUAUUGCCGAAAGCAUCGGUGUCGGCUUCCUACCCGACGAUGCAGCCAAAGAACUUGCCGAUGAUGUUUCCUUCAAAAUCAAGAAAAUCGUCCAAGACGCUGCCAAAUUCAUGCACCACUCCAAACGUGAAAAACUGAGCCUUGGCGACAUUGACAAUGCAAUCAAAGUACGCAACAUUGAACCACAAUAUGGCUUCACUUCCAACGACUUUAUACCAUUCCGUUUUGCAUCGGGUGGUGGCAGGGAAUUGCAUUUUGUCGAAGACAAAGAAAUGGAUCUAAAUGAAAUUGUUCAAGCUGGACCACCUAAAAUUCCCUUAGACAUAACUCUACGUUCGCAUUGGUUGUGUGUUGAUGGUAUCCAACCUACUAUCCCAGAAAAUCCACCACCUUUAUCAAAGGAUUCACAAGCUCUAGAUUCUGUGAAUCCAGUUGUAAAGCUAGAGCAGGGUGUAACAAAAGAUACUGCUGGAAAGCCAGCUACUGGCAAGAUUCACAAAUUAAAGAAUGUCGAAACAGUUCAUGUCAAACAAUUGGCAACGCACGAGUUGUCUGUUGAGCAACAGCUUUAUUAUAAAGAAAUCACAGAAGCUUGUGUGGGAGCUGAUGAACCUAGGAGAGGCGAAGCUCUGCAAAGUUUGGCCUCCGAUCCAGGUUUGCAUGAAAUGUUACCUCGAAUGUGUACAUUUAUUGCGGAGGGUGUCAAAGUCAAUGUAGUUCAAAAUAAUUUAGCGCUUCUCAUUUAUUUGAUGAGAAUGGUAAAGGCUCUGUUGGACAAUCCUUCUCUUUAUUUGGAAAAAUAUCUCCACGAAUUGAUUCCUUCAGUUUCAACUUGUAUUGUAUCGAAACAACUCUGUAUGCGUCCCGAAUUGGAUAACCAUUGGGCUCUGCGGGACUUUGCCGCCAGACUGAUGGCUCAAAUUUGUAAAAAUUUCAAUACAUCCACUAAUAAUUUACAGACACGAGUAACAAGGAUAUUCAGUAAAGCUCUGCAAAAUGAUAAAACCCAUCUAUCUUCACUAUACGGUGCUAUUGCUGGCCUAUCUGAACUAGGUGGUGAAGUUAUUAAGGUUUUCAUUGUGCCGAGGCUUAAAUUUGUGUCCGAACGCAUCGAAGUGCAUUUGCAAGGCACUUCACUUAGCAACACAGACAAAAUAGCAGCCGGACACAUAAGAGCAAUGCUUCAAAAAUGUUGUGCUCCAGUUUUAAAAGCUAUGCGUAAUCCACCUGAUGCACUUGACGAAUAUAAGACUGAAUUCGGCUUCUUGGGUCCAACUCUGCACCAAGCUGUCAUUAAAGCACGAAAUGCUCCAAUAUCAGCAAGUGUACCCUGCAACAUGGGCAAUUCUAUAUCAAGUGCACCAAUAACCUCAGCUGCACAGACAGCAUCGACAAUGGGAAGGCCACAAGUCACUGCUACACCGCGUCCACCUUCAUCUAAUAUACCAAACACGAAUAUUCCUCCACUUAGAACAGUAUCUCAAGUGCAGAUUGGCCAGACACAAAAGUUUGUAAUCCUUCCCCAACAACAACGUCCAUCUACACCUCAAUCGGGUCUAUUGCAAGUUCAACAAAAUGGAAAUACAACUCCUGUAGGACUAAGGACGUCUGUAGAUCCUAGUUCGGUUAUAAUUGAUGCUGAAGAGAGACAAAUCCCAGACAUAGAUGACUUAUCACAUUUGGAGUAGCUUGCUCAUUGAAAAAUAACAUAAAACAAAAAUUGCAUAAAUCUGAUAUGAAUUAAAAUAAAUAAUAAUUUUAUUAAAUAAA